AUGACUAAAAGCAAAAAAGCAAAAAGGGCUCAGAAGAAAGUGAUUGAUUUCAAGAAGCCGAAAUUGAAAGUUGGUAGAAAGUUAAAAAAAUUAAACGAAACUCUACCUGAAGUUAAAGUUAGGAAAAUCCUAAUCAAAAACCAGUUUGCGGUGAAGAAGAUUGACCGUGAUUUGUUGGCCCCUCUCGAACAGGCCACAAUGAAACAGUGCUAUAGCUCUGUGAAAGCCACAGAAAGAAAAGAACUGUUAGUCAGCAUAAGAAAUCUCAUAGAGAGUUGCCAUUAUAAAUUAGUGCUGCUGAACUAUUUAGAAAUAAUUGAGGGCAUAUGUCCAUUGAUGGUCGAUCUGCAUUAUGAAGUUAGAUUAGAGGUUCCAAAAUUAUUGAGAAGUGUUCUGAAGAGAUACGUCACAGCUACAGUAAACUUCACCAACUCAAAUGUUCCGAUCAUUGCGGCAAGUACGUGUAGAGCUCUGGCAAAUCCUAAUUACUGCCUAGAUGCACUAUUGAACAUCGAAGUUAUAAUUGAUUUGUGUCCACUGUUGGCUGUCUCAUCUUCAAGAAAAUUGCUGAAUGGCAUGUUGAUGCUGUGCUCUAAACAGAUUUCAAACAUUUCAACCAGUAGCACAAGAAGUUCCCCUCAAAACAGCAGCAGCAAAGAUUGCAGUAGCAGGCAGUUCUCAUCACUGACCCUUUCCUCCUCCUCCUGCUUAGGCCAUGUGAGAUUGUGUAGCAGGAAGUCAAGACUGGCAGUCAUCAAAAAGUUGACAUCCUUCAUCAACUUGCUCAUCAGCCAUGCUGGGUGUUUAGAGUAUCUACAGCAGAAGGACAACGUGCUGGAUGACGUUCAAGAGUGCUCCGACACCCUCCUAGUCUAUCUCUUCAACAUCCUCAUCGAAAAUUUCGUUGAUUCUUGCUACAACAACAACAGCAAAUCAUCUUCAACUGUGAAAAAAAGUAGCAACAGGAAUGUUUCAUUCGAUGCCACUGACCAGAUAGUUUUUGAUGAAUUGUGUUACGAGUUGGCACUCAGUACGUUAACAUGCAUGGAAACGUCUUUGAAAUUAGUCACAUACCUCAAAGACGAAGGUGCCCUGGUCAACGAUGCCACUGUACAUAAACUAUUGGAGGUGUUGAGUCAAUAUCAUCCAGUCACUGCCUUCAGAAAAGUUAAAAAAGCGAAAUUUAACGAAAGCAAAGAGAAGGAUGUAAGCCAGACCAUUAACAUGAAGAUGGCCAAGGUACUCGACAACCUGAGACUCUACAGCAGAGGCACCAACCUUAAUGAUAGCUACUGCUCUGAUGUCAAGCAUAACAACUCAACUUGUAGAAAAUUUAAAAAUAAAAAAAUAACUUGA